UUAAAUCUUUUUUUCCCUGCGAUUCGUCGUUCUUCUAUCGCAGCGCCAUUGAUUUCCCCGGGGCACCUGAAAGUAAAGCAAUGCGAGGGCUUCUGCUUCUUCUCCUGCUUCAUUUAUCUCUACUUCUACACCCGUCUUCAACAUCACCUGUCCUCGCGGGAAAGGAAAGCGGAGGAACUAAUGCAGUGGAGGAUAUUCUUCGGCGGGGAGAGACACUGCGAGCUUCUCCUUCCGUGCAGUUGGCUGCAGCGCAAGGCGUCCUUCUCCGUUUGCUCCCGAGUCACAACUCCAGUUUCCUUCUAAAGGUCGUUCCCAAGGGUCUAUGCGAACGAUUCAGCUGCUUCCGUAUAGGCAAUGUCGCCAAUUCGACUCCAAAUGGGCCAGAAAUAAUGAUUGAGGGCAGUACAGCUGUUGAGGUUUCAUUUGGCCUUCACUGGUAUUUGAAAUACUGGUGUGGUGUUCAUAUUUCAUGGGAUAAGACGGGUGGAGUUCAAGUGGCUACCGUUCCUUCGCCGGGGUCAUUACCACGUGUGCAAGGGAGAAGUGUAAAGGUUGAACGUCCAGUUCCAUGGAACUAUUAUCAGAAUGUUGUUACAUCAAGCUAUUCUUUUCCAUGGUGGGAUUGGAGAAGAUGGGAAAAAGAGUUAGACUGGAUGGCUUUACAAGGAAUUAACUUGCCUCUCGCAUUUACUGGGCAAGAGGCUAUCUGGCAGAAAGUUUUUAAGAAUUUUGGUGUCAACAAUAUAGAUCUCGGUAAUUUUUUUGGUGGGCCAGCCUUUCUCGCAUGGGCUCGAAUGGGGAACUUACAUGGGUGGGGCGGACCACUUUCCCAGAAUUGGUUGGACCAGCAACUCAGCCUCCAAAAGCUCAUAGUCUCUCGUAUGAUUGAGCUUGGAAUGACUCCUGUGCUGCCAGCAUUUUCUGGGAAUGUUCCUGCAAUAUUCAGAACGUUGUUUCCUACUGCCAGCAUUACCAGGCUGAGCAAUUGGAACACUGUCAAUGGUGACCCACGUUGGUGCUGCACAUAUCUUCUUGAUCCAUCAGACCCUCUAUUUAUUGAACUUGGCAGAGCAUUUAUCAAGCAGCAAAUUAAAGAAUAUGGGCAUAUAACAAACAUCUACAACUGUGACACUUUUAAUGAGAACUUGCCGCCAACAAAUGAUCCAAAAUACAUCUCAUCACUUGGAGCUGCUGUGUAUGAUGCAAUGGCUCAAGGUGACGGUGAUGCAAUAUGGUUAAUGCAGGGUUGGCUGUUCUCCUCCGAUGCAGGAUUCUGGAAGCCACCACAAAUGAAGGCUCUUGUACACUCUGUUCCAAUUGGGAAAAUGAUUAUCCUUGACUUAUUUGCUGAUGUAAAACCUAUAUGGAAAAUAUCAUCGCAAUUUUAUGGUGUUCCAUAUGUCUGGUGCAUGCUACACAACUUUGGUGGCAACAUUGAAAUGUAUGGUAUACUUGAUGAAAUUUCUUCUGGCCCCAUUGAUGCCCGGGUUAGCCAGAACUCAACCAUGGUUGGCGUUGGCAUGUGCAUGGAAGGUAUAGAGCAUAAUCCAGUUGUCUAUGAGCUAAUGCCUGAAAUGGCAUUUCGCAGUCACAGCAUUCAGAUCGAGGGGUGGCUAAAGAACUAUUCAUUCAGACGAUAUGGCCAAGCAAAUCACCAGAUUGAGGAAGCAUGGAAAAUUCUUUACCACACAAUAUACAAUUGCACUGAUGGAAUUGCAGAUCAUAAUAAAGAUUUUAUAGUUCAAUUUCCAGACUUAAGUCCGAUUCAGGAGGGUAGCCAGGUUUUACAAAUUUCAAAAAGUAAGAAUACCAGAUUCUCCUUAAGGGAAACGAAAUCUAAUUCUCAAGAACCACAUCUGUGGUAUUCAACUAAAGAGGUGAUUAAGGCAUUGGAACUAUUUAUUGUUGCUGGGAGCAGCCUUGCAGAAAGUCUCACAUACAGAUACGACCUUGUUGACCUGACGAGACAAGUGCUUGCCAAAUUAUCAAAUCAGGUUUAUCUGGACGCCAUUAAUGCCUACCACCAAAAUGAUGCCAGUGAACUGACUCUACAAAUUCAAAAGUUUAUGGAGCUCAUUGAGGACAUCGACAUUCUUUUGGCUUCUGAUGACAAUUUCCUACUAGGAACUUGGCUAGAAAGUGCCAAGAAAUUAGGAGUUAAUGAGAAGGAGAAAAGACAGUAUGAAUGGAAUGCCAGAACACAAAUUACCAUGUGGUUUGAUAACACAGAGACCAACCAGAGCCAACUUCAUGAUUAUGCAAAUAAAUUCUGGAGUGGGCUUCUUAAGAGCUACUAUCUACCAAGAGCCUCAACAUAUUUCAGCUACCUAUUACAAAGCUUAAAUAAGAACGAAGAUUUUCCCUUGGAAAAAUGGAGGAGAAAUUGGAUUUCUUAUUCCAACAAAUGGCAGCAAGGUCAGGAACUAUACCCUGUUAAAGCUGAAGGUGAUGCCAUCUCAAUUGCUAAUGCCUUGUUUGCCAAAUACUUGAGCUGAUGCAUUUUAAAGCUGAUGUGCAAUGCAGAUGCAUGCUUGAUUAGAUGAAUCCAUUAUGUUGCGGUUUUGGAAGUCUGCAUUAUGUUUUUUUGGUCUGCAAGUGGCUUUACAUCCUUAUUUACAGGACCAUUUUUGAGUUUUAACUUUUUAGAAAAACAAAUAAUGAUUUGAUUGGGAUAUUGAUGAUUAAACUAUUCAUAAUUUAAGGGGAAAAAAAA